AUUCAACACUUUGUUCGCUCUGCAGCGCUGCUGACAUGCAGCUCUCUCUGUAGGAAAGAGACUAGAAACUCUUCGCUCUUCGUACUUUCAGCUCCGCCGUCCCUCCCUCACUCACAGCGCGUCCACUCGGUUCUCAGGCUGGGGAAGUUCGCGUGCAGGCUGGACCGUGCGUGUGGAAGUGAGUGAUGCGCGCGGCGCUGCAGCUGUUGCCCCGGUAAUGAUGAUGAUGAUGAUGAAGGUGCUGUCGCCGUGAUCUGCCAGGAGCGCCCGGUCACCCACACGCGGGCAGCAUGUGGGCACACGCGAGGAGGUCCAGCGGCGCGCGCCUGGCCGCUCCGCACGUCCUGGUGAUGCUCGUAGCCGCGUGUUUAGGCAGCAACCUGGACAGCGAAGCGGGUCCAACCGGUCAGAGACCACUUAGCAAAGUGGAGCGCUAUGAGAACACAGAGCCAUGGCUUCUCAGUGGAGGACAGAAGAGGCCAAUCAGCCUCCUGCAAACAAUGGGCCAUCCCGCAUCGUUGAAGCUCCUGAUUGAGGCGGAUAGCGAACAGCUGCUGCUCAUUCUGCAGAAAAAUGAGGGUCUGUUUGCCAGUCACUACACGGAGACGCACUACCUGGAGGGUGGAAAAGCAGUCACCACCUCGCCCUCCUCCAUGAUGAACUGUUAUUACCAUGGUGAGGUGAAGGGCUACCAGCACUCUGAUGUCAUUCUCAGCACCUGCUCAGGACUCAGGGGGCUGAUCACACUCAGAGAGAAAGUGUUGGUGUUGGAGCCACCACAUAAGCCCAACAGCACCAUGCAUCAUAUCUACAGGGGAGAACAUCUCAACCUUACCCGAGGCACAUGUGGACAUGGACACAACAUAUCAAACACUGCAGGGGUCCCAGACACUCUAGGGUCUCUGUUCAGCUCACACAGCAUGCUCCUAAGGCACAAGAGACAUGCCCAGAGCAACACUAAAUAUGUAGAGCUGAUCAUUGUGGCAGACAACCGUGAGUACCAGAAACAGGGCAAAGAUGUGGAGAAAGUGAAGCAGAGGCUGGCUGAGAUUGCCAACUACGUGGACAAGUUCUACAGAGCAUUGAAUAUCCGUGUGGCUCUGGUGGGCUUGGAGGUGUGGAGUGACUCAGACAAAUGUCCCGUCACCCAGGACCCUUUCACCACACUGCACGAAUUUCUGGACUGGCGGAAACUCAAGCUUUUACCACAGAGACCCCAUGACAACGCUCAGCUCAUCAGUGGUGUGUAUUUCCAGGGCACCACUAUCGGCAUGGCUCCCAUUAUGAGCAUGUGUACAGCUGAGCAGUCGGGUGGCAUCGUCAUGGACCACUCGGAUAACCCCCUUGGAGCUGCAGUUACUCUGGCCCAUGAACUGGGACACAACUUUGGAAUGAACCAUGACACUCCAGAGCGGGGGUGUGGUUGCAGGGUGACUGCAGACAGAGGCGGCUGCAUCAUGACACCAUCUACUGGGUAUCCCUUCCCCACUGUGUUCAGUUCAUGCAGUAAGAAGGACCUGCUGGUCAGCUUGGAGAAGGGAGUGGGCAUGUGCCUCUUCAACAUGCCUGAGGUCAAAGUGCUCUACGGGGGGCAGAAGUGUGGGAACGGAUACGUGGAGGAGGGAGAGGAGUGUGACUGCGGUGAUCUGGAGGAAUGUAUGAACCCCUGCUGUAAUGCCAGCACCUGCACUCUGAAGGGAAAUGCAGUGUGUGCACAUGGCCAAUGUUGUGAAGAUUGUCAGUUGAAGCCUGCAGGUACACCGUGCCGAGAGUCCAGUAACUCAUGCGAUCUGCCAGAGUUCUGCACAGGCUCUGACCCUCACUGUCCGGCCAACGUUUACCUGCAUGAUGGCCAUGCCUGCCACAGCGUAGAUGGCCACUGCUACAACGGCAUUUGCCAAACACAUGAGCAGCAGUGCAUCACACUCUGGGGCCAGGGUGCAAAGCCUGCUCCAGGCAUCUGUUUUGAGAGGGUGAACUCAGCGGGAGAUCCAUAUGGGAAUUGUGGAAAAGACUCCAAGGGUUCAUUCGCUAAGUGUGAAGAACGAGACGCAAAAUGUGGGAAGAUACAGUGUCAGGGUGGGGCUAAUCGUCCGGUGAUUGGCACUAAUGCCGUCUCCAUAGAGACAAAUAUCCCCCUGCAGGAGGGUGGGCGGAUCCUGUGCCGGGGGACCCAUGUGUACCUGGGAGACGACAUGCCCGACCCAGGCCUGGUUCUGACUGGGACCAAGUGUGGAGAGAACAUGAUGUGUCUGAACCGCCAGUGUCAGAACGUCAGUGUGUUCGGGGUCCACGAGUGUUCAGCAAAGUGCAGCGGACGAGGGGUGUGUAAUAAUAAGAAGAACUGCCACUGUGAGGCGCACUGGGCUCCUCCGUUCUGUGAUAAAGCUGGGUUUGGAGGCAGUGUGGACAGUGGGCCUAUGAGACUGGCAGACAGUGAGAGUGUGAAGGUGGGCAUUGUGGUGGCGUUCCUGUGCCUGCUGUGUGUGGGGAUGAUUGUCUGCAUUAAGAGGAAGACUCUGGCUGGUCUCUUCAUCAGCAACAAGAAAAACACCAUUGAAAAGCUCAGGUCAGUGGGAUCCAACAGGCCAAACAGUCCUGGGCACACAUUUUCAACAAACCAAACACAUGCUGGGACACACACACACUCUGCAUGCAGGGCGUCUCCUCAGUGCCAAGCACCAGCCAUAUCACAAAGUGCCAGUAUAUACAAGCCUCAGCCUCCUAUGCCAAGAGUGGAUUCUCUGGUUGGUUCUCUCUCUUUGCGGAGGCUGCCUCAGUGUCCUCCUCUCCACCUGAGCCACCCUCUGCCCUUCACACUGACCCCUUCUCCCCCUGCCCCGCCUCCGCAUCGUGCCCCCCCGCCUCCUCUACCACACUCACAUACACACACACAUUCAUACCCACACUCACCCAGCCACAGAGCACCCCUAGCACACCCCCACACAUAUACACACACUCACACUCUCUCCCCACCUCGAGGAGCCCCCCUCCGCAACCUGAGCUGCCAGAACACCUGCAGGAUAGCCAUGGAGCUAGAAAAACCCAGCCCACCCCAGAAGCCUUUGCCCGCUGACCCAUUGGGGCGCAGUAUCCGGUUGAUGCGGAGCCCAACAGCUAUUCGCCUGCCUGCCCCCAUUCCAACCAGCAACCCACGCUCAGCACCCCCCCAAACACAGCCCAACAGACCUCCUCCUAAGCAGCCCCCUACACUGCCAAAGCCUCAGUUCCUCACAGGCAUGCCGAAGCCCAGCAGUUGAGAGCCAAGCUGCAGGGACCUGAGCGGAGAGAACACACUCGAUUUUGCACUAUGAAUCUCCGCCGGUCUUAAUGAACAGUGUCUCUGAGUUAUGAUCAUGGGGAUCUACGCUUUGAUCCCCUGGUGCUACAGCCCCUGUCGGUGCUAUGAGUCGACGCUCAGGUACACGUCGCACAUUAUUUAUGUCCGUCCAAACUGUAUUUAUUUCGGCACAGUGCAUUGUAGUGGACUUUUAUUUCACAUUUUUGUGUGGUUUGUCCUGGUUUCAGUUGGGAUUAGUAUUGUUUAGUGAUCAGAAUUUUGAUGAUUCAACAACAUGGAAAGAGAUAUGAAAGACUUUUAUCUGUGAAAAAUGAGUAGAAAACUGCAAUGUAGGUGCUUUUUAAUGGUAGAAAUGGUUUGUAGGAAAAAAAUGGUUUAGAAGGGAAAAAUUUGGAAGCUCCACUUUGUCACAAUGUGCUCCGUGGGUGUACAGUCCCUUUGUGUAUUACCCAUUUAAAAUCACUCAUGAAUCAGUCCUAUUACCAGAAACAGCCAGGAGGAGGCAAUUCACAAAACCACAGAGCAGUCUCUUCUGUAGUCAGCCAGUGUUGAGACUAUAUGAGAGAGCUUUUUUUCUUGUUUAUCUAAAAAUACCCUGUUUCUCAACUAAAGCAGCUGUGUAUGAAAGUCAGACAUGUCUGUUUUAGUGGCGUCUGGGUUUUCUAAACUUUUUUGAGCCUUUUCCUUCUUAUUUCAAAAUAAGUCAUUCACCAGUGAUCACGACUCCAAAUGAUGGUUAUGAUGCAUCCUGUAUAUUACAUGCCAUUUCAUGCGAACUCCUUUUGUGAGGAUGGUUGGGCUAGACUAUAGUUAUUUUACAAAAGCAAAUUUACUCUGUUUUGAUCUCCAAAUGUACAAUGUGCUAUCUAGAGUCUUGCUUCAUCAGCUGUGGUGGAUGAGAGGUACAGGAAAACGGCUAUAAUGGUCUGGUAAUGGGGGACUUGCACAGGAAUACCAGGAAAACAGUGAAGGAAAACAGAUUUGGGAUGUUUUUACAUUUGUUUAUCAUACAAAAUACAGGAUAUCUGUAGCAAACUGGAGAUACAAAAAUUACGUGUACCCCAGGGACGACUUUGCUUUUGUACGUGCUGCUGAUAUUUUCAGCUGUGACAGUUUGUUUCCACUGAGCCUACAUCUAUCACACGUCUACUCUACACAACGUAGAGCUGUAUAAUGUGCUUCUCUCUUUAGCGUCCUGUUACUCUGAAGUUGCUUUUGUGUGAAACCAUAGGGGGUGUCAAGAGCUGUGCUUUUUGAUGCAUAUAUAUUACUUCAGGAGUGACUUUAAUUCCUGUUUUCUUUCAUACAGUUGUAUGUCUGUAAUGCAUCAUUAUUUUAAAAACGCAUUCAGAAAGACUGCAAGACCAGAUACAAACCACACCACAGUAGGUAACCUGCUUUGCUUGGCUUGUUUGGCAGUCUUUAUUCCUGUACUCACUUUUUACCAUUUUGUAACCACACACUUGUAUCAGUAUUUCUACACAUAAAAAUGUAAUAUUAACUUUCUUUAUUUUGCUCAGUGACUGAAAACACAAAGCAUUUUUUUGUACAAUAACUCUUUGAUAAAUCAAAAUGUGGGGGAAAGAAAAACCCUGUAAAUGUCAGUGUGUCAGAGGAGUCAUCGAUUUUGAACUCACGAAUUAUGAACCAGUGCUUAUUAAAGUUGUCUAUGAAACUGA